AUGAAUGCCCUAUUCAACUCCGCAUUGCGGCAAUCCUCGUCUAUUCGCAAAGAUCUUGAUCUUUUCGCCGACGCAGCCUCACCCUCGCCGGCUUUACAGGGGCAAAUAUCCACGUCGCUCACAUCCUUCUCCCGCAUCAUCGACGACUAUGGCAGAUUGGCCAAGCAAGAACCGGUGGCGACGAAGCAGGAAAAGGCUUUCGAAAGACUGAAAGCUUUCAGGCAGGAGUUGAAUGAGUAUAGGGAGCAGUUCCAAAGAAUCAGAAGCGUGAAUGAGGAGAUGCAAACGACAGCUGCAAGAACGGAACUCCUAGGACGGCGACCUCACCACGCUGCUACUCCCGAAAAUCCGUACUCCGUUCCAGCCAACAACGCCCCAAAUUACAACUCUCCUUUUGCCCCCUCGCAGCCCCCGAACGCAAGCGCGCCCUAUCGACCGAACGCAUAUUCCUCGCUGGCAGGCCCUUAUGGCUCAAAUGAGGACUACACUCGGGAGGCCCACGCGUUCCGCGAACAGUCAUUCUUCGCGCAGACUUCGACGCAAUUGGACGAAUUUCUGGAUCGGGGAAGGCAUGUACUGGGUGACUUAGGGCAACAGAGGGAGAUGUUGAAAGGCACGCAGAGGCGGUUAUACAGUGUUGCAAAUACAUUAGGCAUCAGCGGGGACACCAUUCGAAUGGUGGAAAGAAGGGCCAGACAGGACAAGUGGAUCUUCUGGGUGUGUGUGGUGGUGUUCGUGCUGUUCUGUUGGGCGGUAUUACACUUCUUGAGGUAG